CGGCCCGGCCAUCGGACAGGCUCCUCGUGCUCCCAUCGGCCUGCCUGCUGCUCCGAGCCCGCGGCGGCGGCGGCGGCGGCAGCGGGCGGCAUGCGCCUGUGAGAUGCGGCCGCGGGCAGUCGGGACGCGAGCAGCGGCCGCCACGGUAGCGGAGAAGGCGGGCGCGGCCUCCUCAGCGCGGGGCGCGCAGUGCAUGAGGGCGAGCACGCGGGCGUUGGGGAGCCGCCGGCCACGCCGCCUGCAUAAACACUUGUUUAGGACUCGUUAGCCCCGCUGAGGUUCCGGCUCCCCCUCUAUGGAGGCCCCGCCGGACCCCGGACCCCACGCCUCGGCCUCGGCCUCGGCCGCGGCGCCGCUGCGCGCCCUAGAGGUGGCGCGGCUCCGCGAGCAGCAGGAAAAGGUGGUCACUAACUGCCAAGAGAAAAUCCAGCAUUGGAAGAAGGUAGAUAAUGACUAUAAUGCCCUUCAAGAAAGACUCAGUACCUUGCCUGAUAAGUUGUCCUAUAAUAUCAUGGUACCAUUUGGCCCCUUUGCCUUCAUGCCAGGAAAACUUGUCCAUACUAACGAAGUCACUGUUUUACUUGGGGACAAUUGGUUUGCAAAGUGCUCAGCAAAGCAGGCUGUGGGCUUAGUGGAGCAUCGGAAAGAGCAUGUAAGAAAAACAAUAGAUGAUUUUAAAAAAGUGAUGAAAAAUUUUGAAUCCAGAGUUGAAUUCACAGAAGAUUUGCAGAAAAUGAGUGAUGCUGCAGGUGAUAUUGUUGACAUAAGGGAAGAAAUUAAAAGUGACUUUGAAUUGAAAGCAAAACACCGAAUUGCUCAUAAACCUCACUCCAAACCAAAAACUUCAGAUAUUUUUGAAGCAGAUUUUGCAAACAAUGUAAAAUCUAGGGAUUUGCCUGCUGAUAAGGAACUGUGGUCUCGACUUGAAGAACUAGAGAGACAAGAAGAAUUGCUGGGUGAACUUAAUAGCAAGCCUGAUGCUGUGAUUGCAAACGGAGAAGAUAUAACAUCUUCUGAAGAGGAAAAGGAAGAUCAGAACCUAAAUGUGAAUGUGAUGCAUCAAGUAACAGACUCUGCUACUCCCAGCAGUUGUUAUAAGGAUGUUACAAAUUCAGAACUGUUCAAUAGUCAAGUGAAUAGUCAGUUGAACUGUUCAAUGAAUGGUUCAAAUUCUUAUUACAAUAAUGAAGAUGAUGAUGAUGAUGGUGAUAAUGAAAAUGGCCAUGAUGCUUUAGGGGUUGGAGAUAAUUCUAUACCAACAAUAUAUUUUUCUCAUACUGUUGAACCUAAGAGGGUCCGAAUAAAUACUGGAAAAAAUACUACUUUAAAAUUCAGUGAAAAGAAAGAAGAAGCUAAGCGUAAACGAAAGAACAGCUCUGGCAGUGGUCAUUCUGCUCAAGAGCUGCCUACUAUCCGGACUCCUGCUGACAUUUACAGAGCCUUUGUUGAUGUUGUCAACGGAGAAUAUGUCCCUCGUAAGUCAAUCCUGAAGUGUCGCAGCAGAGAGAACAGUGUUUGCAGUGAUACCAGCGAGAGCAGUGCCGCUGACUUCGAUGACAGGCGGGGCAUUUUGAGGAGCAUUAGCUGUGAAGAGGCUACUUGUAGUGACACUAGUGAGAGCAUUUUAGAGGAGGAGCAAGAAAUUCAUCAAAAGAAACUUUUGCCCUUAUCAGGGACACUUGAGGCUUUUUCUGGAACUGUAAUAGAAAAAGAAUGUGUAUCACCCUCUUUAACACUACACCCAGCCAUGGUUCAUCCUGUGCUACCCACCAUUCCAGAACGAAAAGAAGUUCUGUCAGAAGUAUCAGAAGAAACUACAAAGAGGGUUUCAAAGUUUAAAGCUGCCAGAAUGCAGCAGAAAAACUAGGGCCUGCCUAGGAAAUGGGAGUUUACAUCCUAAAAUCUAAUUUUGCAACUUCUUAGAAUAUGUAUAGCAAAAUACAUGUAAUAUGAAAUAAGGCAUCCUGAAUUAAUUUGGCAGCAGGUUCUCUUACUUUUAUCAGUGGUGUAAAAAUCAAAGUAAAUGUGUGAAUACUUUAAUAUUCGGCUUGUUUUGUUAAUUUUCUGAAUACUGUCAACACUGUUGUCUAAGUUUGCCUUAUGAAGCAAUGGAAGUAUUUCAAAUUACUUUUCAAAGAAUACUGCUCAUAUGCAUUGUUUUUGUGUAUUGAACUAAAUACAGGCAGUUUUGUACCAGCUGUGAAGUUGUGCAUACCAUAUGGACCAUUUUAAAGAAAUUUUUAAAAAUUUCAGAUAGAUUCAAUAGUUAUAUUACUUGCUUGAGCAUUUUAAAGACACUUUAAUAAAGAAACCUACUAUUUCUAGGUUUUGCAGCUAGGUGGCUAUUUAAAAAAACUCUCCCCUUUGACUGUCAUCUAUCAUCUGUGGCAAAAAAGCUACGUGUACCUGUGGGAAAGUUCUUUAAUUGGAAGAAUAAUGGUAUUUUGUAAAACAAUUUUUUCAAGUAAAAAUUUUAUGAAACUUGGUCUCUAAAAUGUGAACUUGAUGAUUCAGAAUCGAAUAUAGAAAUGUCAUUGAUUUAUGUGUAUGCUAUAUGCAUCAUACAGUGGAUACUUGGAUUUUUACAAUUCCAUAGGCAGUUUUUCUCUCCCAGUGAGUCCAGUUUUAACUGGCAUUAUAUUUUGGGAGAGAAGUAAAGGUUGUCUAGAUCCUUUAAAAAAAAUCUAUUUUUUUUUAAAUAAGAAGUUUUAUGUUUUAAUCUUCCCAACACUUUCAUCGUCUAAGACUACUUUCCUGCUAGUAAGUAAUGAAAUAACAUAUUUACUUUUAGCAAUACUCCUUAAGGAGAAACUUAUUCUAACAUUGAAAAUUACACUGCAAGUGUUAAUCAUUAGCUUGAUGCAUGCUAAAAUGUAGCUUUUAAAAAGCAUUCUGCAUUAGUACUAAAAUAAGCCAUCAAUGCCAGUCCACCCUCUAUUCAUAGCUAAAUAUUUAAAGGUUAUUUAUAGCUUCUUUAAUGAAUUCUUGCUUAAACAAAGUGAAAUUAUAUCCUAGAAAAGUAGGAGCUGUUUGUAACUAGAACAACACAACUGUAAAAGUUUUAUGAAUAUGUAUUUUAAUAAUAAGGGGUGAGCCUGUAUCCCAAGUUAAUGGAUAAUUUAGAACAAAUCACCUCAAUUUUAAAAUAUCACCUAAAAAUGUAGGGUUGUUCUUUAGCAAAUUUUAAUCAACUGUGCAUAUAUUAUAGUUAAAAAACGUUUUUUAUUAGCCCAUCCUCCACCAAAACACAAACCAAACCAUCCAAACCAAAUUAAACCAAUCUGAACCAGAGUACAGUCACAUCCAGCCCCAGACUCCAGCUGCCAGUCAAAUGAUCCUUUCCGUGUUGGGUACGUUUUGCCCCAGAACAAGCUUUAUUGUGGGACUAUUGUGGUAUUCUUUAUAGACAUGUAAUUUCAAGAGUACUGUCAUUAAAUAAUUUUUCGUGUU